CCCUCGCCCGCCGCUGCCAGCGCCUCCCUCGCCCUCUCCUGCAGGGUCGGCGUGCGCCUGGUCCCUGCCCUCACCCGGGAGGGCAGCUCAGAGGUCCUGCGACAGCUCCGCAUCGACUGGCCCUCCGGCUCCGGUGGUUCGUCCUUCCCUGAGGCUGUCUCGGCCUUGAAGGCAGCGCUGGGCCGGGCUCCCUGUAACACAGCCUGUGAGCAGGGGCCGGGCACGGCCACGCUGCCUGAGGGUGUCAUCGGUAAAGUGCACCUGAAGAGCUUCGUGGAGCAGCAGGGCUUGGUGGGCUAUGACCCCAACCUGGAUGUGCUUCUCGUGACAGAGGGAAUGCUGAGGUCCCUGGCUGAGCUGCAGCAAGCUGUUCAGCAGUGCCUGGCUGAGGGCCAGAGUAGCUGCUGCAGCAUCAUACAUGUGGUGAACUGUGAGGAGGAAUUCCAGCAGCAGCAGCUGGAUCUGCUCUGGAGAAUUUUGGACCCGGGAGCCCACACAGCUUUGCAGAAACACCUUGUCUGUGGGCCAGUGAAGGUGACCAACCCCUCAUCGCCCAUCAGGGCAGACCAGUACUUCCAGCUCCGAAAGCGCCAGAUGUAUGAAGCCUCAGUGAUGAAGUAUGGGGAGCUUGCACAAGACGAGGCCUGGAGGGAGGUGAUUGAUACCCUGACAGCGGCUGCCAUCAGGUUUGAGAUGCUGAGCACUGCUCACCGGAGCCAGAUCACCCUGGACCUGGAGAACAGCAGCAUCUCCACGAAAGGAACCAAGAGUGGUGCCUUUGUGAUGUACAACUGUGCCCGCCUGGCCACGCUCUUCGACAGCUUCCAGCGGGCUGUGGAGCGGGGGACAUACCCACCUCUGCCACCAGCGUCCGGACUGAACUUCUCCUGCCUCCGAGAAGAAGGUGAAUGGCUCCUGCUCUUCAACUAUCUCUUGCCCUUUCCUGAAGUCCUGGAGCAGGCAGCACAGCUGCCCACACCCUCCAAGGGGAUCCGGAUCACAGCCAACACAGAGACAGUAUGCAAGUUCCUGAUCCAGCUCAGCAUGGAUUUCAGCUCCUACUACAACCGGGUGCACGUCCUGGGGGAGCCAUUCCCUCACCUCUUUGACCAGAUGUUUGCCCGCCUCCGGCUGCUGGGAGCAGUGAGGGAUGUGUUCCACAGCGCGCUGGCGACUCUGCACCUCCCUCCUCUCAGCCAGAUCUGAGCCACCCCUGAAGACCUGUGCCAUGGUGUGACAGGCACCUAGACAAUGUGCUGUUAGGGGAGGACAGGGCGUGCCGUCCCCAGCAGGGUGAGGGGCUGCCCCAGCACCAGCCAGGAGACACCUGAGCAUACGCAGGCACUUCCCCUCCCAGGGUCUGUGGUGUUUGGGGCUUAGCCACGUGCUCCCUGCAGCUGUGCCCAGUGUGUAGGGAAAAGGGAGGGCUCCUGUGGCACCCCACAAACUGUGCUGGGAACACUGAGGGAGGUGGCACCAGGAACCAGUCACCACAAAACCAGGCACCAACAUCACUUCCCUCAAAGAUGUUUAUUGAAGGUUGCUCCGUGCUGGCAGGGAGCUCCUGAGGCUCCAGGCUCCUGUCAGGACCUGGCCCAAGCCCCAGUACUGGGGUCCAAUACACUUGUUGCUGGACAAACACUG